AUGAAAUUCUCAGAGAAUAAGAAGAAGUGGAUAUUCAUCUUCCCUGUCUUGAUCACUUCACUAUUCACCAUAUGCCUCUUCAUCUCCUACAUCACCACACUCUCUUCAAUCCUAACAGUUUUCCAACAGCCUCCAGUCAUGAAUGCAACCACCCCUCCUCCAAUCCCGAGAUUCGCCUACCUGAUCUCGGGAUCCAAGGGCGAUCUCCCCAAGAUGUGGAGGACUCUCCAUGCCCUAUACCACCCACGGAACUACUACGUUGUGCAUCUGGAUCUUGAAUCGUCUGCACACGAGAGGCGGGAACUUGCUUCACGUGUGCGCGCGCAUCCUGUGUUUGCAGAGGUUGGGAAUGUGUAUAUGCAUGACAAGGCCAAUUUGGUUACCUAUAGAGGGCCUACCAUGGUGGCUAAUACAUUGCAUGCAUGUGCUAUUCUUCUCAAGAGAUACAAAGAUUGGGACUGGUUUAUAAAUCUUAGUGCCUCUGAUUAUCCUUUGGUCACUCAAGAUGAUCUCCUGCACGUUUUCUCCACUUUGAAAAGAGAUCUUAACUUCGUUCACCAUACGAGCAAUCUUGGAUGGAAAAAAGCCAGAAGAGCAAUGCCUUUAAUUAUAGAUCCAGGGCUCUAUGAGAAAAACAAGUCCGACUUAAUACAGGUCAAUUCUAGGAGAAAGUUACCAACGUCGUUCAAAUUAUUCGACGGUUCAGCUUGGAUGAUCUUGUCACGAGACUUCGUGGAGUACUGCGUAUGGGGUUGGGACAACCUCCCAAGAACUCUUCUCAUGUAUUACACCAACUUCAUUUCUUCACCCGAAGGCUAUUUCCAGACAGUUAUAUGCAACACUCCACAGUUCGCGCAGACGGUCGUAAACAACGACAUGCACUUCAUUCCCUGGGAUAAUCCGCCCCGACAACAUCCUCGUAUGGUCUCCCUCAACGACACAACAAUGAUGAUCCGAGGCGGCGCCGUCUUUGCCCGGAAGUUCAGUCAUGACUCCCCUGUGCUGGACAAGAUCGACGCGGAGUUGCUUGGAGCAAACAAUGAGAGCUUCGUGCCCGGUGGUUGGUGUGCCGGCCAACCUCUUUGCUCCCGGGUCGGUAAUCCAACCACGCUCCGACCAGGUCCAGGGGCUGGCCGAUUGCAGAGCCGUGUCGACCAUCUUUUGUUGCCGGACAAACGCCGACAGUGCACCUGA